CAUCCUCAUCAAAUAUCGACUUUUAUCGAUUCUUGUCCACAUGCAAUCGAGCUUUCUUUAUCUAUCGUUUGAGGGCAUUAUAAUUGUUUUUUCGCAAAGCAAUUUUACACUCGUCUGUUCUUCUGCAUUCGGAGAUUCAGAACUCGCAAUAUGCAGAUGCUAAUACAGGGCCCGGAUGAUGGCACACGUGCAAUUACGAUGGAGGCAACACAAACCCUUGAACAGGUAAAACUACAAAUCCUACGGUCAAUUCCAGGAUUAAAUUCCAAUUCUAUGGAACCAGGUUCAUUAUAUUUCUCCUGCGGUGGGAAGGUGAUUCUAAAUGGCUGUAGGCUGUUGGAUUUGGAUAUGCACACAAAUAAUCUUAUUCAUUUGAGGCCAAGGCUUUGUGGGGGCGGCGGGGAUGGAGGGGCCACGGGUGCAGAGUCCAGAGAUUGUUAUCUCAAAAUGUAUGCAGUUAAAAAACCAGAUAAAGUUGAUCCAAAUGAAUCUAGAAUCUGCAAAUGGUCAACAUGUGCACUUUCACAAGAUACCCUUAAGCCUCCUUGUGUGAUUGAUCGUCUAGGUAAUGUGUUUAACAAGGAAUCUCUGGUUAGGGCCUUGCUGGGGAAGAAUUUGCUCUCUAAGUUUAAUCACAUUAAGGGCCUGCGGGACAUGAUUACUAUUCAUUUGGAUCCAAUUCCUGGUGUUAGGGUUCUGGAUGAUGUUUCAGAGACCAAGUUUCAGUGCCCAAUUUCAGGGCUCGAGUUUAAUGGCAAUUACAAAUUCUUUGCUCUCAGUGGAUGUGGGCAUGUGAUUAGUGGUAAGGCAUUGAAGGAGGUGCAGUCCACCUCUUGUCUUGUGUGUCAUGUGCCCUUUAAUGAGGAAGACAAGAUUGCUAUCAAUGGCAACGAGGACGAAGUUGCUGUAUUAAGAAUGAGGAUGGAGCAGGAAAAGGCACUUAAAAUGAAAGAUAAGAAGCAGAAGAAGGCAAAGAACGGGGAGAUUAAAUUUGCAGAGGAUGUCAUUGAUGGGGUUGUUAAGAAGGAUGAUAUGAUGGGGCAGAAUGGGGUCAACGUUUCUGCAGUUGGGUCGAAAAGGAAGACCGAGGAGAUUGGGGAAAGUGAAGUUGGCAAUGGUAAAGAUAAGGCCAAAGUGUCAGCAAAGAAAUUCAAGGCAGGGGAUAUAGCACCAGCAAAUGCAACGAAGGAAGUUUAUGCUUCCAUUUUUACAUCAUCUAGGAAGACAAAUUUGAAAGAGACAUUUUCAUGCAGGGCUCUUCCUCUUGGCAGAAACUGAUUGCAAUGUGCUCUUCCUACUUGGCAGAAACUGAUUGCAAAGUUGUUAUGGUUGUAGAAAGUGGAACUCAUUGCAGGAUAAUUUUGUGGACUUGAAUUGGAGCUAAUAAGUUUUUACUCGUGGAUGUGAGUACUUAUCAAAACACCAAGCUGGGAUCUUUGUUUCGAAUAUUUCCAUAAAUUGAGUUUUUUCCUUUGAUAGCAAUUCACAAGUUGUGUAUGUUAGAUUUUUCUUGGAACAUGGUCAAUGCAAUUUCGCACUAAUUGACCCCCUUUCCAAUAUUGAUGGUGUACAUCUCAUUUACCAGGACGAUUAUUUUAACUUUUAAAUAUUAAUUUGUAGAUUUAGUUUUA